GUUAUCACUUGAGUAUGUUAAAUAUCGCUCAAUCUUAGCACUGCGUGCAUGGAGAUACAGACUGUUUAGGUCGGUCUAAUAAGUACUGCUUACUUUCAUACGACAGCUUUCAAAUUGUUCCUCAGACAAACAAUCAUCAUCGUGGACCCCAGUAGAGUCCUGGGGGUUGGUUUACCUGCCAGUGAUUUCGUUUGAAUGAGACACCAGGAAGAAUGGCACACGAGGAGGAGAUAAAAGAGAUCCCUGAAAGAAGACUGGUGCUGAUCGGUGGUAGACGGGAUGGUAAAAGCUUCUCGGCCAACACGAUACUGGGAGAAGAACGGUUCGAAUCCGGCCGGACUCGAACAGCUCAAUCCGAAGUGAGACAUGGAAUAGUGGGGGGCCGGAACCUGGUGGUGGUUGACACUCCGGGAUGGAAGAGCUCUCCCUCCCUCAGCGAGAUCCCAGAAAGAGACAAGCAACAAUUUAAGCUCUACGCAUCCAAGUGUCCACCUGGACCGCAUGCUUUCGUCCUUGUCAUCCCCACAGAUUCUAGGUUCUCCUUCAAGCAGAGGAAGACGGUGCAGGAAUACAUGAAGCUACUGGGUUUUCAGGCGUGGAGAUACAGUAUGGUGCUGUUCACCUAUGGAGACUACCUGGGCAAGAAGACGAUUGAGCAGCACAUUGAGCGUGAGGGUGAAGCGCUCACCUGGCUGAUAGAAAAGUGUAAGAACAGGUACCACGUGCUCAACAACAAGGACAAGAGCAAUUCAUCUCAGGUCACUCAGCUGAUGGAGAAGAUUGACGAAAUGGUCGAUGACAAUGAUAACAGCUUCUACAUGCUGGACAAUCACAUAUUCCACAACAUCAAGAAAAAGCAAGAAGAAGUGGCUCAAAAGGCCAAAGAGCGAUCGAGGUGGGCCUUGGAACAAAGAGAGGGAAUGAAAAUGACUGUUUCAGAAAUGGAACCCAUCGAGCAACUUCGUAUUAUUCUCCUGGGCAACCGCUUUGUCGGGAAAACCUCUGUAGGGAACACCAUCUUGGGAAUCAAAGAAAUUGACGAAGGAACAACAACGCUCUCACAGGUCCUGCAGGGCUCAGUGGGCAGGACCAACAUUACAAUUGUGGACACUCCAGGUUGGCGGAAAGGCUUCCCCGCGUGCGACACGACAGAAAUGAUCAAGGACGAGGUGCUGCAAAGCAUGUUCAAGUGCCCCCCGGGGCCCCACGUUUUCUUGCUUGUGAUCGACGCAGAUGCCUCGUUUAACACCCAGCACUUGUAUGCAGCCACUUCUCAUGUAGAGCUGUUCGGAGAGGGUGUGUGGAAACACACAAUGGUGGUGUUCACCCGAGCAGACUGGUUGAACAGCAUAGAAGAAUACAUUGAGGGUGAAGGGAAAGCCCUGCAGUCUCUUAUGGAGCAAUGCAGUAACAGAUAUCACGUCCUCGACAACACCAACGAAGACGACAGCACCCAGGUUGACGAGCUGCUGGGGAAAAUCACGCUGACUCUGGCAGGGAACGGAUGGAAACAUUUUCAACUCAAUCAGAAGACGAUGGAGGCGUUGAUGGAGAGAGAAAAAAAAGUGGAACAUGCCGCCAAACUGAGAAAUGAACUCAAGGACACCAGGGUAGCGAAAGGUUCUGCCCAAAAGCUGAAGGAGCUGAGAAUGUUGAUUCUUGGUGAAAAGAUGUCAGGAAAGACAACAGCAGCAAAUUUCCUCCUGCAGAGCAACGUGUUCCCCACGAAUGACGAGUGUCUGGCCUGGCAGGCAAAGGUCGCUGGCAGACAAGUCACAGUGGUCGACACCCCGGGCUGGUAUAGCGAGCCCCAAUGCACCUGGGAGCAGGACCGAGAAAUAGUCCGAGGUCUGAGCCUGAGCCCUCAGGGGGUCCAUGCUGUUCUGUUUGUGAUUUCCCUGGAUUUGAAAUUCACCAAGGCCAAUCAGGAGACCCUAGAGGAUCAUAUUAAGCUCUUUGGCGACAGCGUCUGGAACCAUACAAUGGUUCUGUUCACAAACGUGGACACCUUGGCAGACAGAUCCCUGGAGGAGUAUAUCGAGAGGGAGCACAGAGCGCUGCAGUCGUUGGUAGACAAGUGUGGAAACUACCACUGUCUGAACAUUACAGAGACAAGCAACAUUCGCCAGCACGACCAGCUGUUUGAGAAGGUAGAGGAGAUGUCAGCAAAGAACCAGGGUCGCCUCUUCCGACCCGACAUCAAAGACAUCCACCUGAGGAUUGAUGAAAAGUUCCAGAAGAAGAAAAUCAAAGAUACUGUGCAACAUUUGCUAGAGCAGGGGUUCAGGAGCCGAGAGGUGGAACUGUUUAUGGACUUCAGGGGGAAGCUCGAAAAGCUGCAUCAGGACAUUAAGGAGAUUGUCCCCGCUCCAGUGGCACUAAGCAAAGGUUUCAAGGGCAAGGUGAAGAAGAAAGCUGUCCUGUCAGAUAUUGAACAAGAGAUUGAAGAGCUGAAUAAGAGCAUUUUCAAGUCAAUGCAUCUUUGUCAGAACAGCAUGGAAUUUGGAGUCCCUACCAUGAGUGGAUCCACCCAGGAAAUGGACAAAGUUCUCAAAUGGAUGAGUAUGCUUCAAAUCAGCAAAAUUCAAGACUCUAAGGUCACACUCAACUUUUCAGAGUCGUCAGGAUACGGAUCUGAAUUCUCCUUUGCGCAGGAUGACUGACCUAUAUCAUGUCAUCAGUGCACCAAUUGGGAAAAGGGUGUUUUAUUUUAUUUAUUUAUUACGAAAACAUGCUUCUUCGGUUAGUUAAAAACUGAAAAUUGUCUUAAGGCCUGAAUGUACGUGUGAAUAGUUGUUUAUGUGUUUAUGUGUAUUUGUGUUUAUUUGGCUGGUGACCAGCCUCUCACCCAAAAUUAUCUGGGAUGUUUUUUUUUUUUUUUUUUUUUUGGUCAAAUCUUUAUACACGAAUUGUCUUUUUCCUCACAAAAUCAUUAAACACACAGUCUAUUCAAAAUGUCUAAUCAGAAAAAAGGUAGGAAGUUUUAAUUUUUUUUAUUUUACACUGUGCAUAAACAACAACAAACUUAACAUAAGCCCGAACCACAUAUUUUGCAAACCAUUUUUAGAGAUAAUCCAUAAACACCCAUUAUAAAUGAAAAAUGUCUACGAGUUAAAAAAAAAAAAAAACGAAUGUAAAAAAAGUUAAAAAAAACAAAAUAAAAAAAUUAAACAAUUAAAAAAGUCGAAUAAAUCAAGACUGAUUGGAGGAGGGUGUAAUCUGGUCAGUCUGGGUGAAUAUUAGUUCUACAUAAAUAUUCCUUGAAGGGCUGCCAGGCAGUCUUUUAUAACUGAGUACCUGAAAGCAGUACUUGAGUUAAAGUACAAGUAUUUUCCCCGGUGGAAGUUAAGACACCUUAUAGAAUAUUACUUGUGUAGAUGUUGUAAACUCCCACUCCGAUGAUACUUUGUGUUGCACACCACAUACAGAACCAGAUCACACAUGCAGGCAUGCAAGGAGAAAUUCGGAGUGAAAGACUUCCCGCACCACUUGGGCUGGGGUGGCGGUCGGGAUGAUGCCUUGCUCGAGGAUACCUCAGCAGUCGCCAGCAAGCGCUCUAACAUCUUGCCAACAUCUAGUUGCCAUUUUUACAUUUUUGUCUGUAGUGGGACUUCAACCCGAGUCCUACGACUCCAAAGUCCAAGUCCUUACAGACUGAGGUACUCCUGUCAUCUAUCAAAGUAAUUAGAUUUAAAUGUAAAAUGUAUAUAUAUAUAGCAAGUGGCUAGAAUUUGUAUUGUUUUUUAUUUUUAUUUAAUUUUUAAAAAUUUCUUUUUACUUCAGUGGUGUAAUUAAAGACCCUCCGUGUUGUCCAAUGAUUGAAGUUAGCUGUUGACGGAUAUAUCGGAUGAAAGUAUUUCAUUUCUUUUUCAGUGCAAGUUGUGAAAGACCAUUUUCAAACCUGAAAUUAAUAAAAGCACAUCAAAUGUAUGGUA